AUGGAGUGCGCAGAUAAAAGCUUAGAAGUAAAAUAUGAACUUUCUGAUUAUUUUGUUAUUGAUCUGGAGUAUUUACAUGACGAAAAGAACGCUGAAAUUAUUCUUGCAGCCGUCAAAAAUAAAAAAGUGAUUUUCAAAACAGAUUUUGAAGAAAUACCUAAAAUAUUACAACUAAAAGAUAAUGAUUUUGAACUCAAAGGAGUAAUUGCUUUUCACAGUGACUCCAAAUCACCAAAGAGAGAGAGAGAGCUGAUUACAAAGCAUACACAUAUUCCACUAAUGAAGAAUGGAUAUUGUAUAAUGAUUUAG